CUACGUGGCUUGUGAUGUUGACCAGAGAGGAACACAUUUCUUGUUUGAAAAUCAGUCGAAAUCAUGCGAGCGCUGACGCUAUCCAUAUAAUUUACUUACUGUGACCUAAACAAUAGAUACCGGGCCGUGGCACAUCGCCAAAUGUCUGCACUGCUUUUACUUCCUUAUCAUGAGUCGUCCACAGUUGAGACUGAGCUGUUUUGAGGAAAGACCGGUAUAUUGAAGAGGCGCUGUAGCAAGAUGCUGGUCGCUCAUCUUGUCUUUUCUGUCCUGUUGGCGUUCCUUGGUGGGCUUGGGGCCACAGAUGCUGUAGAAGCAACAGCCCUUCAGUGUCCGAGUAUAAGAUCACCGGAGAGCGGCAGGCGGGUAGGCACAAGGACAUCCGUCGGGUCCACCGUGCACUUCUCGUGCUUCAGCGGGUACACCCUGUACGGGUCCCCGAAGAGAACCUGCAGAGAGGACGGCACAUGGAACGGCACCGACACAACCUGUGACGAUGAAAGGUCCGAUUGCCCAGUUCUACCGACGCCAGUUAACGGCAGGAAGACAGGGAACAGCUACAAUCGUCACGACGUCAUCAUCUUCCACUGCAACCCUGGGUACGAGAUGCUCGGGUCCCGGAGACGGAAGUGCCUGCGGUCCGGAGAAUGGUCGGGAGAGGACACGCGGUGCUUGGGGCCAAACGACUUCGACAGUGUCCCGGAUGUUGCAGCAAACUUCGGCAUGAGAUUGGACGCCCUCGCGCAUGCGUCCUGUUCCAGCCAUGUGGAUAGAAACAACCGAGACCAAUGCAGGGGGUCCAGAGCCAGGUUCCUCGACACAAACAACCCCAACGGACUGGAUCUGUACUUUGUCUUUGACGCUUCGGAAAGUGUCGGUGACCACCAGUUCAAUGCUUCUGUUGAUUUCGCAAAGGCUCUUAUUGGGAAGGUUGGAGUAUCUACUCUUCCUGGCGGAACUCGAGUUGGUGCUAUUGCGUUCGCGUCCAAAACAAAGGUGCUAUUCUCCAAACAAGAGGUCCUGUCCGUCCAAGAUACACUGGGCCGCCUUGACAAUGUCGACUGGUCUAACCUGUCCAAGGAAAUAAACAGCGGCACGAACACGAGGGAGGCUCUGAAGUUUCUCAGGGAGAACAUGAUAGUCGCCAGCCAACAGGUCUUUCCUGAACGGGCGGCUAAACAAGCGGUUAUACUUAUCACAGACGGGGUUCACAACAUGGGUGGCGACCCUUCGGCAGAGGCGCAGAAGUUGAGGGAGGACGAAGACGUCGAAGUGUUCUGCAUCGGCGUAGGGAAGAACAUCGUCAAGUCACAGCUCCAGAAAAUAGCAUCUGAUCCUCCAAGGGAACAUUUCUUCGUCUUAAAGGACUACUUGACUUUGGAGUGGCUCGUAUCGAACGUGACUAGCAACAGCAUCGACUAUUCGCUGUGUGGCGUAUCAGGGCGGACAACUCCUCCGGUCAGAGGCAAAAUCAUAGGCGGGGUGACCGCAAGACAUGGAGCCUGGCCUUGGCAAGCCGCCAUCUUUGUUGGGGACGGAGGUAGAAGCGUCCGGAAGGUCAGCAAAAAACUACUACAUGAGUCUUUCGAAACCCAAAUGGGUCCGUUUAGUAAUUAUAACUUCCACUGCGGAGGAGUGUUGGUGACCGGUGAGUGGGUCAUGUCAGCGGCACACUGCUUUCCGCCUGACAGAAACAUCGAGGAGUACAGGAUAUAUUUGGGGAUGUUGGCACGCAGUGACAAAGACCUUGGCAACGAAGUACACGACUUUGGAAUCCGAGAGCUUCACGUACACCCCAGGUACGACCACGAGCGUCUUGAUUACGACUACGACAUUGCCUUAAUCCGUCUGUCCCGCCCGGUGACGUUCGGACCUUACGUCAGGACAGUGUGUCUGCCCGGAGACAUCGAAGUUGACGAAUUUAGACGAGAGAAGUCUGGUUACGUCACUGGCUGGGGUGUGACCUCAUCAAAGUCAUGGCGGCCCGCCAAGCACCUUCAGCAGGUGAAGCUGCCCAUACGCAGCGACGGCGAGUGCCUGCGCGAAAUCAGCACCAGCAAAUCUGAACAGGCCCUGUCGUACACGGACAGGAUGUUCUGUGCGGGACACCGGGCCCGGGACAGCGGAGGGCCCCGGGACGCCUGCCGGGGGGACUCCGGGGGACCUUUCGUCGUCAAGCACGUCAAGAAGGAGGACAGGUCGCAGAGAUGGGUUCUGACCGGUCUUGUGAGUUGGGGCGUAUCUCCGGUGUGUGACGGCAGGGGCUAUGGGUUCUACACUAACGUCACCAGCCUCAUGGCGUGGGCUGGCACUAUUCUUCCAGCAGAAUUGACAACAGUGGGUCCAGCACCAAUGGAGUCGUCAACACUCCAAACUGUUCCAACAGAAUCGACAACAGCUUCUUCUACAUCAGUCGAAUUGUCAACACCCAAAGAAGAUGUGGCAAGAACAAGUCCACCUGUCACCCCUCAACCGGCAGAACAGCCCCGGGACAGGAAGAGGCAAUCUGAUGUCACGGAUUGUGGCAUCGUACCAACGAGGUUGGUUCGUACCCGUCAUAGCCGCAUCCGUCAUCUGCACUUCCCUGUGGGACUUGUCCCUGUGGGCGGGAGGGACAGGCCCCGGUCGCGCAUCGAUGGAGGCACCGACUCGAAAAAAGGGGCAUGGCCGUGGCAAACAGCGCUGUUUCUAAAGACAGAACAGGGGAACAACAAAUAUUUCUGUGGCGCUUCUCUACUGAGAUCAAGAUGGGUCGUCACCGCCGCGCACUGCAUCACGGGAGAAGUAUAUCGCCAUGGCAACAUUGACACCGACAUUGUUGUAGGUUUAGGUCUAACUGAAAGGUCCCUGCCUGGCACUUCAAAGACCGCGCAUGCCCAGUAUGUACCUGUGAAGAAGGCGUACAUUCAUGAGGACUAUGACCGUUACAGUGACGCCUUUGAUUACGAUAUAGCGCUGUUAGAGCUCCGGGACGCAGUCGUGCUGGGACCAUGGAUCAGACCCGUGUGCCUACCCACAAACGUGCGGCAAGGACUGAGGAUGAGUGAGGUUGGCACGACCGGUACCGUCGUUGGGUGGGGUCGUCUCGGCGACGGGGACACGCCCACCGCCCAGAUCCUGCAGCAGAUCGCCCUGCCCGUCCAGUCCCACGGCACGUGUGAGCGUGCCAUGGAGGCCGCGGGCCGGCCCACCGCACACUACACCUCCCGGAUGUUCUGCGCGGGAGACCUCGCGGGAGGGCGGGACGCCUGCCCUGGCGACUCGGGCGGACCCUUCAUGGUGUCCCGCGGGAACGACGGGAGGACCCGGUGGUACCUGGCCGGGGUGGUCAGUACGGGAACUGACCAGGGCUGCGGCCGACCCGGUCAGCUCGGACUGUACACCAUGGUGGCCAAAUAUCUGGACUGGAUCCACAGCGUCAUCAACUGAUGUCCGUUUGAAUUAAUGGCGACGACACAGUCAUUCGCAAGAAUCACUUAACUUGCAAACAUUUUGCUCCGUUUCUUCUCAUUUUUCUUAUAUGAUUAAUGGAGAGUAGCAGACACUCUGUGUUGCUCUAUUACAUUAUGUAGCAAGUGGUAGGACAGAGCUGGAGAAGCUGGUCAUCGUAGAUAUUAAUGUGUUUGAGUACGAAUAGACAGAGCAGUAGUUUGUUUGUCUAGUUUUGCUUUCAAACAUUGCCUUUCUACUUGUUUAGAUGUUGAUCACACAAUAUGAAUAGCCCCAUCAACGAACUCUUAAAAACUGAAAAUAUUGACGGUGUUGAUGGCAAGCACAAAAGUAAUUUUUUUACAGUAGUUCCUUACCUUUUCACAGUUCUGUAGACUCUCAGGAAUGUGUAUGGUAUGAGAUUUUGGUACAGAAUUGGCAAUGAGACCAUUAAAAAGACAGCCAA